AUGUCAACAAUUGACUACAAAAAUUUAAAAGAGAAGCUCAUUGUAGCUUAUACUAAGCAAAUCUUGAAUGAAAAACCUACAAUAAAUGUAAAUGAUCUUCAAUCAAAAGCUAAUCUACCGUUAAUUCGAUCAAUCCAUUCACAUAUAAAUUGUCUUGCACCAUAUAAAAUCCCAAGUUCAUUAGAUAUAGCAUUAAAUACAAUUGAUUUACCAAAAAUAUAUGAAAAUGUCGAUAAAAGAGAAAAAGAAAAUAAAAUUCCAAAUUUAAGGUAUGAUGAUUUUAUUGUUUUAGAAUUAUUAAAUUAUUUUAAAAAUGAUUUUUUUAAAUGGGUUAAUCAACCUUCAUGUCAAUGUGGAAAUAAUGAUCAGAUAGAACAUAAAGGUAUUAAAAAGCCACCAGCAAAUAAUCCUGAUCAAAUAUCAAUUAUUGAAGUAUAUCAAUGUUCAAAAUGUAAACGUAUUAUAGAAUUUCCAAGAAUAAAUAAUCCAAUUUCUUUAUUAAGAACAAGAAAUGGUAGAUGUGGUGAAUGGGUUAAUUGCUUUUUAUUAAUAUUGGAAGCACUUAUUGGUGAAGGUAAAGAUAGAAUUAGAUAUGUUUUAAAUCAUGAAGAUCAUGUUUGGUGUGAAUAUUAUUCUUAUGGUUUGCAAAAAUGGGUACAUUUAGAUCCUUGUGAAGCAGUAUUUGAUGAACCUUUAUUAUAUUGUAACAAUUGGGGUAAAAAAAUGUCAUAUGUGAUUGGUUUCAAUAUGAAUUCUAUUGUUGAUUUAAGUGAUAAAUAUAUUACUAAAGAAAAGCAAAUAAACCAAACAGAAGUUGUUGAUCCAAAAGAAGUGGAAAAAGUUAUCGAAUUUUAUAACUUUAAAAAAUUGCAUGAUGUUUAUGACAUCUUGAAAAAUGAACAAAACGAAAUAAAUCUGUUGUUAGAAAUUUAUAAGAAUAUAAUUGUGCCUAGAAAUAAGGAGCAAGUUAAAGGCGAUAUAAAAUCAACACCAUCAUCAAAUAUACCGAAAGGUAGACAAACAGGAUCAGCAGAAUGGACUAAAAAUCGUGGAGAAAAUGGUUAA